GGGCAUGCGCAGUCUCCUCAAGCAUCGUUAAGCAGUGCUGAAGGAGGCGAGGAGGAAAACAGUAGCAGGGGGAGAGCGGACAGAAGUUGGAUGGCGCUUUCCUUUGUCGCCGUGUCUCUGCGCUUAUGAACGCCGAGCGGGCUCGUCUGCCAGCCGUGAAUUCACACCGUGUGUCGCCGUUUCACGUCCAACUUACUCCUCCGGGGCUUCAUCUAACAAACGGUCGUCAAGAUGAUGGAGGAGUCGGUCUCCACGUUCGAGACCCACCUGACGGCCGUCAUGGACAGCCUGAUCCGAGCCUCCGUCUGCGAGAUCACCAAACUCUUCCAGGAGACGGUGAACGACUACCUGGUGGAGCUGUCCGUCAACAGGAGGGAGAACGAGGCUCUCAAACUGCGGCUGAGGCUCACCGAGAACAAGCUGAGGACCGAGCGCAAGUACGGGAUGGGCUGGGCUGCCCACCGCCGCAGCGCCGGACUGGAGGAGGCGGCCGGAGGGCGGCAGAAACGAAAAGUUGAGGGCGCCCGAGGCAAGUCAAAGAAGAGCCCGGCAGCAGCCUAUGGCAAAGGCUGGCCUGGAGGUGUGUGGGAGGAAGGAGGAGGCGGCGGUGGUGUUGGCGGUGGAGGAGGAGGAGGAAGCGGAGGAGCUGUGGGGAUGGUAGCAGGAGCAGGAGGAAAAGGGGGGAAGGAGGCCCGGGAGAUGUACCUCAUCCAGUUCCCCGGGGAUGAAGAGGAUGAGGGAGGGAUGUUGGAGGACGAGGAAGGGGAGGGGAGUCUCAGCGUUGAGGGGGAGGAGACGGCCAACAUCAAAGAGGAGUUUUGUCAAACAGAGGGCUAUCAACCUGCCUCGCUCCAGCUCAUCAAGGAGGCUUUGAAGAUGGACCCACCCAACAAGAACCUCCGCUCUGGCUCCAGAGCCCAAAGCGAAGGAGACCUGUCGGAUCGUCCCCCGACCCUUCAUCCGGGAGAGCAAGACGAGGAGGACUGGGAGGUGGGCUCAGCAGAGCCAUCAGACGGGGGCAUGACCAUGGAUGAGCUGAGGGGUCUGGAGUCCGCACUGAGGGCUGAGAGAGGCCGCGAGCAGGCUGCCAUGACGGUCUCCCAGAACGUCAGCCCAGAAUGCAAGGUGGUGAGAGGCAGCGAGAUCAGCAUGGCGCCCAAGUACAUUGGUCUGGAUGGAAUGGAGCAGGACGAAGAGCUGGAGCCUCAGCCACCGACCCUGCAGAGAGAGGAGCAGGUAGGACAGGGCAGGUCGAAGGACCCUGUGAGGGCUGCAGUGGAGCUGAGGUUAGGCUGGUCGAAGAAGUUGAGAGAGGGCGACUCAGUCACGUCUGGAGAUGAUGGAAUGGAGUCGGAGCCCAGGUCCCACCUGUCUGCUCCAGGGAGUGCCGGGGAGAGUGGAGGCGAAGAGGAGGGUGGUGGGGACCUGCUGCACUUCUGCCCACAGUGUGGAGGAGGCUUCACCUCAGACACCGAGCUGGAGGAUCACCCCUGUCCACUUGGAGGAUCUCAGUUACAGAACAGUGGAGCGGAGGAUAGCCUUUUCCCCUGUGCCCACUGUGGCAACACAUUCAGCCACGCCUGGGCACUAAAGAACCAUGAGUGCGCCUGUGCCGCCGAGCGGCCGCACUGCUGUGAGAUCUGCGGAAAGCGCUUCACGCACUCGCGCUCACUGGAACGGCAUCAUCUGGUGCACACGGGCGAGAGGCCGCACCGCUGCCCUCAGUGCGGACGCACCUUCAGUCGUCUAGGCAAUCUGGAACGGCACCAGCGGAUUCACACGGGCGAGCGUCCAUACGGGUGUGAGGCAUGCGGAAAGCGGUUCAGUCGCGUGGAGUACUUAAAGAGACACCAGCUCAUACACAACAGUGAAAAGGCGACGCUCCAGUGCUCCAACUGUGGGAGUGGUUUUAGCGAUGUGGAGCAGCUGAAAAACCACCAGUGUUUUUAGAUCCUCUCCUUUGAAUCUCUGACAGAAUUGGAAAGAAAAAGCAGGUUUUUCAUUGAAUGUGGUAGAAUCUAGGUGAUGAAUGUGACUGGUAGAGGCUAAUUUUAUUCUCAGUGAUAUGGAGAUGCCUUUCAUACUCACUGCUAAAAAAGUAAAUACAGAAGGCAAAUGUCCAAAGUUGACAGGAAGUCAGUUGUAAAUGAAUUCCUCUGCACGAGGAGAAAGAAAAUCAAUCUCAGACCUUCAGCCAUUUUAAUUUGAUGUGUUUUCAUUUGUAUGUACAAAGCUUGUACUUAUUUAUGAUGAUCAGUAAUGUACAUUUGUCUUUUUAUCAAUAAUACAGCAUUACAGUCGAUGCUCUUGUUUGUUUCUGACAAUAUAAUUGACAACUUGGUAUUUUGUAUGUUUGUGUUUCAGUCAUAUCAUUAAAAAAAAUAAAUACUUCAACUCA